UUUUCUUUCUCAUACUUUAUCCUCCAGGUUGAAGGUGCAUAUCUAGCAGGUAACAAAAGCACGAGCAAUUGGGAUGCAUUCACCCGUUUAUCAGGAAAAAUCAAGGAUGGAAGCAAUGGAGAUGUUGCAGAUGAUCAUUAUUAUAAAUAUAAGGAAGAUAUAGAGUUGAUGGACUUCUUGGGAGUAAAUGCUUACAGAUUCUCGAUUUCAUGGUCUAGAGUCCUCCCUAGGGGCAGGUUUGGAGAAGUUGAUCCAACUGGAGUUGAGUUCUACAACAACCUAAUAAAUUCACUCUUACUCAAAGGGAUACAACCAUUUGUUACAUUGAACCAUUUCGACAUUCCUCAAGAGCUUGAAGACCGAUAUGGGUCAUGGCUAAAUUCACAAAUACAGAAAGAUUUUGGAUAUUUUGCGGAAGUUUGUUUCAAGGCUUUUGGUGAUAGAGUGAAGUAUUGGGUUACAUUCAAUGAGCCAAAUAUCAUGGUAAAAUUUGGUUACAUCACUGGGAAAUUUCCUCCAAACCAUUGCUCCACCUCUAACUCUACUCAAUCAUCUGAUGGGGGUUGCAAAUAUGGGAACCCAGCGAUUGAGCCAUAUAUUGCUGCUCAUAAUGUCAUACUAGCACAUGCUAAUGCAGUCAGCAUCUACAGAGAAAAAUAUCAGGUGGAUCAAGAAGGCAUGAUUGGGAUUGUACUAAACUCAAUUUGGUAUGAACCACUCCGAGAUAUCCCGUUUGAUCGUUUGGCUGCACAACGGGCUCUUGUGUUUUAUCAUGCAUGGUUCUUGGAUCCCAUAAUAUAUGGAGAUUAUCCUCCUGAAAUGCGUCAAAUUUUGGGUAGGAGAUUACCAACGUUCUCAUCAGAGGAAAAGGAUAUGUUGAAUAACAAGCUUGAUUUUAUUGGAGUUAAUCACUAUACUAGUCUUUAUGUACAAGAUUGCUUGUUCUCUCAAUGUGAUCUUGCUACUUCAGAAGUGGAUCCCUCUAUCUACAUCACCGGAGAAAGAAAUGGCCAACCCAUUGGAGAUCCAACAGCAAUGGAAAACUUUUAUGUGGUUCCUCAUGGAAUGGAGAAAAUGGUCAUGUAUUUCAAAGAAAGAUACCUCAAUACACCAAUGUUCAUCACAGAAAAUGGGUAUCCAGAUGCAAACUAUCCUGGUGUAAUUUCUAUUGAAGAGAGGCUGAAUGACAUAAAGAGAAUAGAAUACCUGAACAGCUACUUGGCUUCCCUUACAUUAGCCUUGAGGAAUGGAGCUGAUGUAAAGGGUUAUUUCAUUUGGUCUGUUCUUGACAACUUUGAGUGGCUAAAUGGGUAUACUUUACGAUUUGGACUCUACUAUGUCGACUACGAUACAUUACAGAGAAUACCAAAGCUAUCUGCAAUGUGGUACAAACAAUUUCUCCACAUAUAG